UGCAACAUGACUAUCGUCUAAAAGCAACAGCGCCUCAAAAACUACAAACCGGCUGUCAGUAGGUGUCCUCCCCAGUCAAUCUUCCCGCGCACACACAGUGGGACAGGAAGUAGCAGCACAGAAAAAAAAGCUGUCACACUUUCCUAAAGAUUCACUGUACUGUAGUUACAUAACCUGUUUCCAACAUGCCUCGCAUUGAGAAUGACAUCAAACUGGACUUCAAGGAUGUGCUCCUCCGCCCAAAGCGUAGCACACUCAAGUCAAGGAGCGAGGUGGACCUGAUGAGGAGCUUCACCUUCAGGAACUCCAAGGGCAGCUACAGAGGCAUCCCCAUUAUCGCUGCUAACAUGGACACUGUGGGGACCUUUGAGAUGGCCCUGGCUCUGCACCAGUUCACUCUCUUCACUACUGUCCACAAACAUUACUCUGUGGAUGACUGGGUGGAGUUUGCAAAAAAACAUCCAGAAUGCCUGGAGAGUGUAGCGGUGAGCACGGGGACGGGUGACAAUGACUUUGAGAAGAUUUCAGCCAUCUUGGCGGCGGUGCCACAGCUGCAGUACAUCUGUGUGGACGUGGCUAACGGCUACUCUGAACACUUUGUCCACUUUGUCAAAGACGUCAGGGAGAAGUUCCCCUCACACACUAUAAUGGCAGGAAACGUGGUGACAGGAGAGAUGGUGGAGGAGCUGAUCCUGGCCGGAGCUGACAUCAUCAAAGUAGGCAUCGGACCAGGUUCUGUUUGCACCACUCGCAAGAAGACAGGGGUGGGGUACCCCCAGCUCAGCGCUGUGAUUGAGUGUGCAGAUGCAGCCCACGGUUUGGGUGGCCACAUCAUCUCUGAUGGGGGAUGUACUUGCCCAGGAGAUGUCUCAAAGGCUUUUGGUGCGGGAGCUGACUUUGUGAUGCUGGGUGGCAUGCUGGCUGGCCACUCAGAGAGCGGGGGCGAGGUCAUUGAGAAAAAUGGCAAGAAAUACAAGCUGUUCUAUGGAAUGAGCUCCGAAGUGGCAAUGAAGAGGCACGCAGGGGGCGUGGCUGAGUACAGAGCGUCCGAGGGGAAGACAGUGGAAGUUCCUUUCAAAGGUCCCGUGGAUGUGACAAUACGAGACAUCCUGGGCGGGGUCCGCUCCACCUGCACCUAUGUUGGGGCAGGCAAACUGAAGGAGCUGAGCCGCAGGACCACCUUCAUCAGGGUGACUCAGCAGCUCAACACCGUCUUCGGCAACGACAGCUGAACAUCCAGCUCAAUCUUGCUUCUAAACAAAAGAGAAGUCUGCAACACUGCCCGUCUGUCUCCAAAAUGCUGUUUGUGCAUUUAACAGACACAUACAGUAAUACAUAAAUACUGACCUUCCCUGUCGUUUUUAGUUUUUUGGCAUAAGUUAAGGUCCUUUGACUUGGAAUUUAAUGCAAUUUUAAUAUAUUAGGAUUGACUUAAAACAGAAAUAUUUUUUCAGCACACGGACUCUGAGUAGAUUUUGAAUAAUGUUUUUCAUUAAGACACAAAGUGUUUCAGGGUUCAGAGUCUCUAGACAGCAUCAUAUAAGCUAGAGCAGUAAUUCUCCUGCUCUUCGCGUGUCUGCCUGCAUCUCAUCAUUCCAAUAUAAGAUCUUUAAUUGUUCUUUUCACAUGUAUGCAAACCUGUGGCUAUCUCACGGUUUUGUAGCUGUGAAUCAUUCCACAUGCCAUAAUCGGUACAUACAACAUGUACAAUAAAUAUGUAUGCAACUGCUAUGGCUAAUUAGGAAAUGGAUCUGUUUUUAGAAAAUUCAAUCAUUCCAUCACUCAUUAAGUUUUGCACUUUAAUGAUUUGUAAUUUGAGAUUUGAGAGUCUAAUAUUUAGUUUCAGUUAUUGUCUCAUUGAAAUGUUUUGAGACUACAGUGUCAUACUUUGUUUCCAGCAUCUACUGUUGCAUAUGUAUCUUUUUAAGUAGGUAAAUUAGAUUUGGGAGAAUUUAUAUAUGGACCAUACUGUAUAUGGAUAUUUCUAGUUAUGAAGUGCUGAAUUCAUACCAGAGGCGUUCUUCAAUAUAAAGAUAUUUACAUUUUUCUUUGCAUUUACAUUUUUCUCUCUGGUUCCAGCUGCUCCUGAUCGAUACCAAAGUUUGAGGAGGUUUAUUUCAGUGAUGCACAAAUUCAAAUGAUUCAUUAUUGCCUUUUAAGUAAGUGGUCCUUCCUUGGAAUAAGCCUUGGAUGUUUUGUACCAUCAGUAUUAGGUAUGGUUUCACUUCACACAGUGUCUGUAGUUAUGCCAUUUCAAGCUGUUGUUACAUGAUUGGGGUUGUUUCAUAUUGUCAUAUUGGUGUGAAAAUGUUUUUAUGAUGUCAAAAUGUAAACUUGUAAUGCAGUUUUUAAUACAUUUCUUUCACUUCACAUUUUAUCCAGUCAAUAAAAACAUUC